CGCAGCGUCGGCCUCCGAACUGUGCAGUGUGCUGGCACCCACCGAGCAUCGCCCCUCGCCUCCCUGAGUCGCUGCUUGUCUCUGCCCACCGCAGCCAUGGCAAACAAGGGCCCAGCCUAUGGCAUGAGCAGGGACGUCCAGUCCAAGAUCGAGAAGAAGUACGACGACGAGCUGGAGGACCGCCUGGUGGAAUGGAUCGUGGCUCAGUGCGGCUCCAGCGUGGGCCGCCCGGACCGGGGCCGCCUGGGCUUCCAGGUCUGGCUGAAGAACGGCAUCGUCCUCAGCCAGCUGGUGAACAGCCUCUACCCUGACGGCUCCAAGCCUGUCAAGAUCCCCGACAGCCCUCCCACCAUGGUCUUCAAGCAGAUGGAACAGAUUGCCCAGUUCCUCAAGGCGGCUGAGGACUACGGUGUGGUCAAGACAGACAUGUUCCAGACCGUCGACCUCUUUGAAGCCAAGGAUAUGGCGGCGGUGCAGAGGACACUUGUGGCCCUGGGGAGCCUGGCGGUGACCAAGAACGAUGGGCAUUACCACGGGGAUCCCAACUGGUUCAUGAAGAAGGCGCAGGAGCACAAGCGGGAGUUCUCCGAGAGCCAGCUGAAGGAGGGCAAGAACAUCAUUGGCUUACAGAUGGGGACCAACAAGGGCGCAUCACAGGCGGGGAUGAGCUACGGCCGACCCCGGCAGAUCAUCAGCUAGGCAGCCCCCCGCCUCCCCCAGCCCCAGCCAGGACCUCCGUCUCCGCUCCCUCUGCCCCGCGUGCCGCAGCUGCUGGGGCAACGGCGACUCCAACCGCCCCUCACCGAUUGGUAUUUAUUGAAAACAAAAAGCCAGCCAGCCCAAACGACCCUUCAGCGCAUCGACCGGCAGCACGCACCGAGCGGCAGC